CGUCGAUUUGUCAAUGAUGAAAACUGUGGAUGAAAAUAAUAAAAGCCAAAUAAUGCAAAAUUUUGAAUGAAAAAUUGUUUAUCUACUUUUACUUCGGAAUUAUUUACUUUGUAAGUAACUGUUCCUUGGAUAUGGAACCACCAGGUAUGGAAAGCGGAAUGGAGUUUCCAAAAAAUCCUUUACUUUGCCCUAUAUGCCAUGAUUAUUUUACUGAACCCUGUAUAUUAAGCUGUUACCACACUUUUUGUGCUAGAUGUCUGAGAGGAAGAGAACAAGACCGAAGACUUGUUUGCCCAUUUUGCAGACAGCCUACUUUACUGAAGGAUGGAAAUUCAUUACCUCCACCUGAUUCAUUAAUGAGGCAGCUAAUUGAUAUAGCCAAUAGUGAAAAUCCCCCAUGUUGCAAUUGUGACAAGAGGGAUAGAGCCAAUAUGUACUACUGCAACACUUGUGGCCAAGCACUAUGCAGUCACUGUCGAGACACCACACAUAGAGCUAAAAUGUUUUCAAGUCAUGAAGUAGUUCAUAUGACUAAAUGUCAAAAAGAGCCUAAAAGGUGUCCCCAACAUGGCGAACAUUAUAUAAUGUAUUCUCCUCUACAAAAUACUAUGCUUUGUGUAAACUGCUUUCGCGAUUUACCCAACGAAAUUCGAUCUCAGUGUGUUGAUAUAGAUACAGCUCAUGGCCAGGCAUCAAAGAAACUAGAAAGAGGUCAGAAUGCUAUCAUGGAUCUUCAAACCUCUGUCCGAGAUGGCAUAAUAGCUCUCAAAGGACUCAUGGAUGAAUUAAGACGUAAUAUGGAUGCAGAGAAACAUACAAUUAAUACUUUCUGUCAAGGUAUGCAAGAAGCUAUGUCUAAAACUCAUGCUGCUAUGAUUAUGGAAGUCCAAAGACAAUAUGAUAGUAAAGAAAGAGUUUACAGAAGUCAGUUGCUGUUACUGGGGACUGUUAUGCCAGUACUUCAGCUACAUCUUGUCUUAUGCACAACAUUUACUGCUGCCGCUAAUAAAUAUCAGUUCUUAGAGCUCUGUCCUUCAUUAAUUGACAGAUUAGCAGCUGUUGGUAAUCUUAGUCAACCAGUCAGAUCUUUGCAAUCGUCCCAGAUUAAAACAAAUUAUAGAAGCGAAUUUGCGCAAUGCUUAGAACCAUGGAUAGGUCCCGCCGCUGUUUCUCAACAUCAAUCAGAAUUAGCAGCAACUUCCAGAUUAUAUGAUACAGCUCCCCCUGUCACUAAGAAACAGCAAACGUCUAUGAAAAAUAAAAUUUUAGAAGGCGACUCGUCCUUUUCCGCUCAUUGUCGUUCAUUUGAAUCACAAAUCAGAGAACUUAAUCAAAAAUUUAAUGUAGUAAAAGAAAAAGUGGGAGAUCUGCACAAGGAUAUUACUGUAAUAAGAAAGGCACAAGCUCCACCUUUAGCUGCCAGAUAUGAUAUGCUUAUUAGAGAAUGUUUACAUUUAGACCAGACAUUGGAGAGACAACAACAAGAGCUAGAAAGAAUGGCGGCAGCCUUUGACGCAUCUUGGGAAGAGCAACUAUGGCGUUUAAGAGUGGAACAAGAGGUAUUCAGCUGUCAAAGAACAGACGUCAAUACAUUAAGAAAUGAGUUGAAACAUUUGAGUCAGGUUGCCACUCAACUUGAACCAUAUAUAAGAAGUUUAACACCAUCAUCUGCCGGGCAGCAAGCAGCAGGAUUCGGUGGCCAGGGCGAUUCCCAACCAAUUCCAACUGAACAAGCUCAACAACUAGCUUCUCUCUUGGAACAUAUUGGAAUAUUGCAACAAAGUGAUCCUACUAUGGGUAAAAUUCCUCGUUCUCGAAGUCGAGUUUUAGGUCAAUUAUUAGAAAAAGUAAGGCCAACAAUGCAAGACCGAGAAAGAAGCAAAUCAGCUGGUCAGAACGAGAAGCCCUCUAGCCAGACUGGCGGUCAAAAGCCAACCAAAAAACCUUUCAUGACUAGCAGUCAGCAAAUAAGUACUGAUAAUGUUUCCAGAUUAGAAGCACAAAUUAAAGAAAAACUUCACGAUAUUAUGUGCAGAAGACAGAGCCAGCCAUCUUCCAAGUCUGACACUGAGAUGGAUAAAAAAAUUAAACAAGAAGACAGAAAGUUUAGUAAGAGUGAAGUGGAAGGAAUUACAAAAUUAUCGAUGAAACAAAGAAUAUUGUACAAGAAAAUAGGUAAAAGUUGCGAUAAAAUCAACGCUUCAGCUAUGAAAUUAACCGAUCCAGAAAAAAAGUGUAAAUCCGUGGAAUCUGAGUAUCAGAGGAUUUCUGAAGCGACAUCCCAGAAAUCUUUGAUGCACGGAGUUAGCCGAUCUAGUCCUACCAGCCCAAAAUGUAAAAAUAAAUCAAAAAUGCAAAGUAAAGCCAAGAAGAAGGUGUAUCCUUAUAGUGAUGGAGAAGAUAAUGUUUUUUAUUCUCUCAACGAUUCUGCGGAUUCUCUUUCUACGUCAUCUCGACGUUCCAGUCUGGAUGCGGCAACCUCCGGACCUGGUCCUGAUAAAACAUUAGUUGUUGUAAUUAACAGGCGUAACAAGGGAGGAGCUCCUCAGAAUCUUGCUCAGAAACAAAGAAGUUGGGAAACUUUUCCACCUAAACACCGACGACACCACGUUUGUCAGGCCAAACUAAGUGCUCCUACUCAUCCUGUAGGUUUGAGAAAGACGGAUAGUUUUGAAGGGCAUGAGGAAGCAGUAAAAAGUCUUGUCGCGGCCGUACAAGAAACUCGUAGAAAACCUAAAGGAGGUAAUUAACAACAGCCUUCUUCUGAGCAGUGCUUAAUAUUAAUAUAUGCGGUUAUUGACUGAUUAAGUAUUAAUAGACAUAUAACAAAUGCUAGAGCUAGCCAAACAAUACCACGUCAGAUUUUAUUUACAGUGCUUUUUUCUGGUAAACCUUCUUUUCUUAUAAUUCUUAAUAGAAAGUCCGACAAUUUCGCAUAGAAGAAAUGUGUCAACCGACUUUUACACGUCCAAAUCAUGGCUUUAGGAUGGCAUGUUCCAGCGUAUAUAUUUAUUGACGAUAUUCUCAUGAGAGUCAGUGUUAAUGAACUUGGUCGCAAAGACAAUGUUUUCUGCAAUUUAGAAUGAUAGCAAUCUGUUAAUGAUUAAACAGUGCUAAAUACUUUCAUAAUUGCUUCGUCUGUCAGCACUUGUAUUAUUAAUCAUUAAGUUCAGUGUGGCGAUAACGCACAUUAGAUUUUCAUUUUCACAACAGGAAUUGAAUCAAUUUAAAUAACCUGUGCUCAAAUAACAAGCGAUAAAAUGCAUUAAAUAUGGUUAAUGUCUUUUUUUUAUAACUUGUAGGGACAUUGUUGUUUUAAGAGUGUACCAUUUAUAUUAAAUAAAGUCUAUCCAACGAGUUAGAGAAGAUUUGGACAGUUGAUAUUAAAAAAAAUGACAGAAAAUACAAUUAAAAAAUUACAAACAGCCGCUGAGAUGGGUCCUCUCGUUGGACAGCUAUGGUUAUUGUGAAUUAAUUACCUUAACCUUAGAUUUAAGGCAGUUAUAAUUACAAUUUAAUUUAUGUGUCAAUUUUCCGUAACAUGUGCUUUAUGAAUUGGUAAUAUGGUAGGAUUUUUUGUAUACUCAUAUAAGCAUAUACCAAUUUUUGGGAAGCUCUGAUUUUUUACUUCUACUCUUUUACUCUCCUUAUAAUAUUUUAAAAAAAUAUUUGGACGUAUAUAAAAUAUUUUCUAAUUGACGACUAACAUUGAAAAUAAUAAAUUUCUUAAAACUGGGUCGCUAACUAAACUAUUUGAUAUCAAUUAAACUUUUAGUUACGUAAUCGAGGGCGAAAUUUGUAAAUUCAUUGUUACCAACCAUGGAUAUUUGGAACCGUGCUGACUAACUGGAAUUUAAAUUUCCCGCUGGGGCCAUAUUUAUUUAUUUCCUGACAUUUGUUAUGACACUUUAGUUUUGUAUUACGCGUGUAUGGUUUAAAUUGGUUAUUGUGUUGUGAUAUUUUAAGCUUAAAAAUGUUUACUAGCAGACCUCCCUCCUUUCCCGAAUCCUGGAUCCGCCCCUUGUCCAUCAAUUUUAGGGGGGUCCGAAGGGGGGGGGUCUGAAUACAUUGUCAAAUAUUGUCUGUGCCAUACACAUUUACAAAAGUAUUACAUUUACAAAAGCCACCACCUUAUAAGACUAAUUUCUGAAUUCGAUUAUAUCUAAAACUUUACUUUUGCUUUAAAAACACAAAUUAUUAAAUAUCGUUAUUGAAUUAGGGAGUUCAAAACUGGUAUAUAUAAAGGGGGAAUAUUUAUUUCUCUAGAUAUUUUUAUUUGUAAUGUUUAUUACACGUUAAUGUAGUACCUACUUUAAAAUUCUUAAUAUUAUUUAUGGUACUUUAACAUUACGAGUUUGUAAUGAUUAUAACAUUAUACAGGGUGUUUGUUAACUACGCUUGAAAGUAAUACUUCAUGCAUGCCUAUUUAGCCAAACCUGCCAUAAAAUUGCUAUCAAAAUAUGCCAAUAUUCUGCAAAAUGGCAACCGUAGAUUAUUUUACAUAUUUAUCGUCAAGUAAAGCUUUUUUGAUUUUUUGAAAAGGUUGUGAUAUAGAUUGUAAUUUAGAUAAAUUACAGAACAGCUUACUGCCACAAAGAUUUAAAAAAAAACAUUAUUUGAAUAUGUUUGUUUAGAUUUUUAUUUAUUUUUGUGGCAAUUUGAAUCUCAAUCUAAGUAAGUUGAAAUUUAAAUAAUCAAAAGCAUAUUAAUAUUUAACAAGAAAUAAAUGAUGGUCACCUGUCGCUGACAUUCAUAAUAUCCAAGAAUUUCGCAGUAAAAAUAAAGCUGGCGCAAAAUAGAAUUUUAUGGCUUGUGGGGUUAUAUUUAUGAAGAUUAUAUUAUAUUUUACUGCCGAAAGUACAAUAUAAUCUGUAGAAUUUUUUUAAACUUAAUGCCGUUUUAUAUUUAAGAAAUGCGGUUGUCAUUAUCUCAAAUUAUAUCCAUAAGGAUGAUUGUACUAUGGUUCUCUAGUGUUAAAUUCGAGUAGAUAAAGUUAAGUUAUUAAUGUUAUUUAUAUUCACUUAUUAUAAUAUAGAACUAUAGCACUGUUAUUGUUACCAACUAUAUUUUAACGGAUAGAUAUUUGUAUUGAUGUUAAAUAAACGUAAAAAGCUAAGAGUAUCUUUGUAUCGCGUUAAUUACAGAGACUAGAUGUUCAGUGAGUGUUUCUUUCAUUCAUAAGUAAAAGGGAAAGCCAGUUUGCUUUUAUUUUUGUUACUAUUAUCAGUUAUAGUAAUUUUUCUGUGAUACUUUAAAGUUUUAUUUGAUUCUCUUCAAUAGUAUGGCUUUUUUACGAGUUGCCACCUAAUGCUUUUUCGUGGUUUUAUGAAAGAAGAUAUUUAUUAGCAUAAUCAGAAGCAACUUUUUAAUAGUUAAGUUGAAGAUUAAAGUCGCUAAAAUACCACAAAUAUAUUUGUUCGAUCGUAGGAUCUAUUGUAAAAGAAAUAAUUUGUUAACUCUAUUGUAUUGUUCAGAUUUUUAUUGGGUAUGUAAGUGGCUAAGGAGUUACGAGGAGAUACUAUCCAACCUUUAAGUUGAAUUUUUAUUUUAGAUUGUUUAUAAAUCGGUACUAUAAAAGUUAUUGUUUAGUCAUAAGAACACCUGUUAUAUUUCAUGUUAAAUGUUCAUAUACAA